CUAAAUGGAGAGCGGAGAGGCGCAGGAACUACCCAACCCUGGUGAACGUGGAGAAGAGGAGGAAAGUGAUGGAUGCCAGGGAGGAGACUGGAGCGGUGCUGGAAACGGCUCAGUUUGGGAGGAUGAGGGGUAGAGGUCGUGGACAGCAGCGUGGUGGAAGGMUCCAGAGGGGCAGAUGGGCCAGACCAGGUCCUCAUCAGUCAGAGAGACCACCACACCCCACUCAAKCCCCCACGGAGAGGCCUCCACCCCUCACUCAGUUCCCCAGGGACGGAGACCCUCUGGGGGCUCUGGCCAACAGUGACCCAGACUCUGAUACAGAGGAGCCAGUCAGUGGAGGUGGGGUGACUGUGGCCCUUACUCUGACCUCUGUAGACUCUGAUACAGAGGAGCCAGUCAGUGGAGGUGGGGUGACUGUGGCCCCUAAACAAAUGACAUCAGGGCUGGGAUCUCUGAUGGCCAGCUACGGCUCCAUGACCGACAGCGACAGUGACCAGGAACCACAAGUCCUGCCCAUCCAGAGGACCAGUCAGCUGCUGAAGGAGAACCAGGCAAUGCUGAAGGCUCUGCCAGCCAAGCCCCAGAACAGUGCUUCAUCUGGGGCUAAGAGACUCUACCCUGAGCCCCCCCGGGAACCACAGCCUGGGUCUGGUCCUCAUAGACCUGGUAGGGGGAGAGGAAGAGGAGCGAGAGGAGGACGAAACAACAUGGACACCCCUCAGCAGCGCCGRGCCACUCUGCURGAGAUGGUAAGACACCAGGAAAGAGGCAACAAGGCACAACUGAUUUUACAGUGUUGAGAUAAAAGAUAAACAUUUAAGUCUGUAUUGUGAAUGUAGGUAGCAUGUGUAGGUAGCAUGUGUAGGUAGCAUGUGUAGGUAGCAUGUGUAGGUAGCAUGUGUAGUUAACAUGUGUAGGUAGCAUGUGUAGUUAACAUGUGUAGGUAGCAUCUGUAGUUAGCAUUUUUUCUACCUGCUGAAUUGUUCUAUGACCCCUGACCUUUACAGUUACUGGCCCCAGACAUCCGCCAUGAGAGGAACGUGCUCCUGCAGUGUGUUCGCUACAUUGUCCGAAACAACUUCUUUGUAGUGGAGGGUCAAACUCAGGACCAGGAUGGAACUCUGGGCAGAACAGGGACCACAGGUGACCCUAACCUUGACCUCCAGACACAGGAAGUGAGAGCAGAUGAUCUGAGAGCAGAUGAUCUCCCAGCUACCGCUGUGGUUGAUCCAGAUGAAAGAGGUGACCAGCUGAGGUCAUCACUAGAAGGUACCCAGAAACCACCAGUCUGUCAGGGACCUUCAGAGGUGGACAUUUUGAAUGCUGAAGAUGUCCAUCKUGAGGAGAUGCCAGAUGCCGCCUCAAACCCUGAUGUCAUAACUCAGCUGAACUCUAACCCUGAGGUCCUGGGGACUGUGGCUGAGCAGUCUGGGGCCCAACAAGUGGGAGAAGACCAGAGCAUGGAGGAGAACACACAGAGUGGACCAGCCUGCUCACAGUCACAUCCCCUCCACGAAACCCCAAUGGACUUGGCUUUGAAUGCUAAUUAUGGAGAUGGUCACCCUGACGACCACUCCCAGACCUCCAUCCCCAACUAUGAUGAUGAAGUCUGGGAGACCCAAGACCCCUGAAGUCACCCUAACCCUUCAAUCAAGACUGUCACCCUAACCCUUCAAUCAAGACUGUCACCCUAACCCUUCAAUCAAGACUGUCAC